UGUUCGCUAGAAUUUCGAUCCCCGUCCACGGGAAUCAUUCUUCCGUCCGCGCGUGUGUAUUUUAUUGCAAUCCGCCCGGCCUUUUGCUAUGUCCAUCCGUUCGUUCUCCUCUCUUCAUCGUUUUGGUGCUUUGCUAGCUUUGCUCCUGUUGUUGGUUUUCGAGGGUUAGGUUGGUUCAUCGAUCUCCUCUCUAGUCUCUACUCCCCAAUCUUCCCCCCUCCUUCUCUCCUCUCUCUCCCUCUUUCUGAUCCACAAGACACGCCGGCCGGGAAGGGAGAGGUUUGCACAGUGUCCACCAUGUCGUCGCCUCUCUAGCUAGUCUCUAGACUGUACUACUUGGACUGGCCGGUGGCGGCUCUCACCUAAAGGGCCGGCUACCCAACAAACUUGUCAACGAAAUUAAGGAUUGAUUGCUUUUGUUGCCAUCGAUGGCGGCCGCCUCGUCCGCGCACUUCUUUGGGCUCGCCGACACCCAGAUGCAGCCUGCCGUGUCCAACUCCGUGCAGCCGCAGCCCCCCGCCGCCGCGCCCGCUCCCAAGAAGAAGCGCAACCAGCCCGGCAACCCAAAUCCGGACGCGGAGGUGAUCGCGCUGUCGCCGAGGUCGCUGAUGGCGACGAACCGGUUCGUGUGUGAGGUGUGCAACAAGGGGUUCCAGCGGGAGCAGAACCUGCAGCUGCACAGGCGCGGCCACAACCUGCCGUGGAAGCUGAAGCAGAAGAACCCCAAGGAGACCCGGCGGCGUGUGUACCUGUGCCCGGAGCCGACGUGCGUGCACCACGACCCGGCCAGGGCGCUGGGCGACCUCACGGGGAUCAAGAAGCACUACUGCCGCAAGCACGGCGAGAAGAAGUGGAAGUGCGACAAGUGCGCCAAGCGCUACGCCGUGCAGUCCGACUGGAAGGCCCACUCCAAGACCUGCGGCACCCGCGAGUACCGCUGCGACUGCGGCACCCUCUUCUCCAGGAGGGACAGCUUCAUCACCCACCGCGCGUUCUGCGACGCUCUGGCCCAGGAGAGCGCGCGGAUGCCGCCCAUCGGCGCCGGCCUCUACGGCGGCUCCGGCAACAUGCAGGCCCUCGGCCUCUCCGGCAUGUCCCCGCAAAUGCCGUCCGGCUUCGUCCCAGACCAAGCCGGCUCUGGCCAGUCGUCCGACGUCCUCCACCUCGGCGGCGGCAACGGCGCCGCCCAGUUCGAGCACAUCAUGGGGACCUCCUCCGCUGCGGGCUCCUCAAUGUUCCGCCCCUCGCAGGCCUCUUCGCCGUUCUACCUCGGCGGCGCCCAGGAAUUCGCCGAGGAUAGCCACCGCUCCCAUGGCCAUGGCGGCGGCAGUUCUCUCCUCCAUGGCAAGCCGGCGGCCGCCUUCCACGGCCUCAUGCAACUCCCCGACCAGCACCAGGGAAGCAGCAGCAGCAACAACAGCAACAACAACAACGGUGGCAGCAACAACAGCAACCUCCUGAACCUCGGCUUCUUCCCCGGCAACGGCCAGGACGCGCGCUUCGUCUUCCAAAACCAGUUCAACAGCAAUGGCAAUGCCAAUGGCAAUGGCGAGAAUGGCCUCCUGGGCGGCAUCGGCAUCGGUGCGGGGGGAAGCUUCCCUUCGAUCUUCAACAACAACUCAUCCGAACCCUCCGGUGGGCUCCCGCAGAUGUCGGCCACGGCGCUUCUGCAGAAGGCGGCCCAGAUGGGCGCCACGACGAGCAGCCACAACGUGGGCGGGUCGGCGGCGAGCUCGCUGCUGCGUGGGGCGGGGAGCAGGGGAGAUCAAGGCGGGUCUUCGUCAUCUUCGGCGGCGGCCAUGAGCGAGAGGCAGCACCAGCAGUCGUUCCAGAACCUCAUCAUGAACUCCCUGGCGAGCGGCGGCGGCGGCGUGUUCCCCGGCGUCGACGACGGCAAGCUGAGCACGAGGGACUUCCUGGGCGUCGGCGCCGGCAUGGUCCAAGCUGGCAUGAGCGCCAUGGGCCCGCCCCGGCGCCAGGGCGCCGCCGGUCUCCACAUUGGCUCGCUGGACCCGGCCGAGAUGAAGUGAAAAAUCACAUGCGCAUGCAUGCUCGAUCGACGACAAGAAACAAAACAAGGUCACAUGCAUGCAUGGCUGUAUGCAUGCAUGCAACAGUUUCUUGAGGAUGUUUUUAUUUAGUUCAUGGAUCAUAUGGGGCUACCAAAAGACUUCUAUGGGUGGUUUAUGGGGAGUAAGGAACCAAUUAAGCUCAUGCUGGAUCGGAACCGAAGGUAAGGUGAGAGAGAGAACGAAUUUGCUGCACCGCGCGUACCUAGAACAAAGGUUAAUUUCUUUUGGGCAUGCAGUAGUUGUCUUUCUUCUUGGGUAGUUAGCUAAGACUGGGGCUGGAUUCAUGCAUUUCAAUAAUCCAAAGAGGCCAGAGAACUUCAAUUUCUAUAUAUUUCCCUCUAUCUAUUGGUACAAUUGUUAGUUUAGUGGUACUGUUUUUCGUUCCUGCAUGUACAUUCGGUCGUCGGUCUCCCUUGAUGCCAAGUCACCACGGGAAGACCAGAGACCAGACCAGAAAUUCCAGCUUGUUUUUGGAGUUUAAUUUACUGCUGCUUGUUCA